AUGGCUAUGAUCACCAUCAUCUCCGCAGUAGCGUCAGCCUUCAUCGUCCUCGCGGUGUACUACGGCAUCAUCAACCCCGGAUUCAUCUCUCCACUCGCCAAGAUACCUGCGGCGCAUUGGUCGUGUCACUAUGCCCCUCUCUGGAUCCUCGCUGUGAGGUGGAACCGCCGUGAGAACAGGGUGCUACUUGAGGCGCAUCGCCGGCUGGGCCCUGUCGUGCGCAUCGGGCCCAAAGACGUCAGCAUCGACGGCAUCGACGGACUGAGAAUCAUCUACCAGGGCGGCUUUGAAAAGGACCCGUGGUAUAGCGUGUUCAGAAAUUAUGGCAUCGACAACAUGUUUUCUACCCUCUCCUCUCGCCCUCACUCGCUCCGCAAGCGAGCCGUGUCAAAUGUAUACUCCAAAUCCUUCAUCCACGCCUCUCAUGCCGCCAAGGCCCAGACCACAGCCGUCGUGCAGGACCGGUUGCUACCGUUGCUACGCGCAGAGUCGGCAUUUUCGUGUACCGGUGUUGACGUGUUUCCCAUCUUUCUCGCGUGCGCCAUGGACCUCAUUGCAGCCUACGUCUUUGGCCUCGCCGGCGGGACAGACUUUGUACGCCGCGCCGAUGAACGCGAUCCCUGGUUGGCGCUGUAUCUCGCCCGCGCCGAGCAUGGCUUUUGGCCACAGGAGCUGCCGGUCCUGACGCGGGUGUGUCGGGAAUGGCUGGGUCUUUCGCCAUAUCCACGCUGGGUGGACAGGGCCAACGCCCAGCUGAACACCUGGAACCGGACAAUGUGCGACGAAGCGCAGCGGCGGGCGCAAACGGCUGAUGGCGGGGCCGAAGACCGAGACGCGGUGGACGAGGCUGUCGUUCUCGACGCCAUCAACGCCUGGAUUGACCGGGAGGCGCGCACGGCCGGUGAGGACAGUCUCCUGUUCACGACGAGCAUCUCGCAACGCGGUGACGCCGUUGCCUCGGAGGUCAUGGACCACCUCCUCGCUGGCCAGGAGACGGCCGGCGUCGCUCUCACGUAUGCGACGUGGCACCUCUCACGGUCCUCUCGACUUCAGGAUGAGCUACGCGCAGAGCUACUAACGCUGGACCCCUCUUUCUCAUCGCCGUCAUCGAAAAAGAGCAGCACCGUUCCCGACUCCAAAGCCCUGGACGCUCUGCCUCUCCUCCAUGCCGUCGUGAUGGAGACCCUGCGCCUGCACGCGCCGAUACCCGGGCCUGAGCCGCGUCGAACACCUCCAACCGGCUGCCGCAUCGCCGGAUACACGAUCUCCGGCGAUGUCCGGGUAGCCUGUCUCGCGCACACGCUCCACCGCGAUGAGACGGCGUUCCCGGACCCAGAGCGCUGGGCGCCCACGCGGUGGCUCGUCGAGGAUGUCCAGAAGCGGGAGAUGCUCCGCCGAUUCUGGGCAUUCGGCAGCGGCGGCCGGAUGUGUCUGGGCUCCAAUUUUGCCAUGAACGAAAUGAAGAACAUUCUCGCCGCGAUUUACACCCACUUUCGAACGUUUGUGGUCGAUGAUACGGGCAUCACACAGGAAGAUGCGUAUACCGCGCGGCCAACUGGCGAGAGCUUGACACUGCGUUUUGAGCCUGUUGACGGCUAG